GUGUCUAAAGAUAGCUAAGACAGCGUAGUGCCUCUUUCUCACGCCCUACAGAUCCAUCUCGAAGACCAAAUUGGCACCAAGUGGGUCCCCCCUCACAUUAUUAAUCCUUUUGCUGCUAAAGUUUGCCGGUAUUAUUACUUUUCAAUUUUCAUCCGCAACUAAAAGCCGAAAAGCCAAGAAUACCCCCACCCUUCAACAAUUUCUCACGUGGGCUCCACCUCCGCAUUGACAACUCCUCCUCCGAGCUCAAAAUCACUCCCUUAUCUAACAAAUCUCCUUUUAUUUGGCUAAGCUCUCUCCAUGUGUCUUUCUCCUAUUGGUUGCUUCUCAGAUCUCCCUGACCCCACUAGAUGGACUCAUGCUGACGCCUAACGCCACAGUAAACGGCAAUUAGCCAAACUGUAGGGGGGGUGGAGAAAACAAACUGUAUCUCUGUGGUUCGUCCAGACAGCGAGAAAUAGAGAGCUUUGCUUCUACUCAGCUGUGAAAAUGGCUUCGAAGCUGUGUGAUUCUUGCAAAUCUGCAACGGCAACUCUCUUCUGCCGCGCCGACUCGGCUUUUCUAUGCGUCAACUGCGACUCUAAGGUCCACGCAGCCAACAAGCUUGCUUCAAGGCACGCCCGUGUCUGGGUCUGUGAGGUAUGCGAGCAAGCGCCGGCUCACGUCACUUGCAAGGCUGACGCUGCAGCCCUCUGUGUCACGUGCGACCGUGACAUCCACUCCGCGAAUCCACUGGCUCGACGACACGAACGAGUUCCUGUGACGCCUUUCUACGACUCGGUCAGCUCGGCUUCCGGCGUUAAGCCAAACGCAAUAAACUUCCUCGAUGACCGUCAUUUCUCCGACGUGGAUGGGGACGCCGAUGUCAGCAGAGAGGAAGCAGAAGCAGCCUCUUGGCUUCUUCCAAACCCUCCCAACCCUAAAGUUAUGGAAAGUCCGGAUCUGAAUACGGGUCAGUAUGUGUUCUCAGAAAUGGAACCGUAUCUGGAUCUAGAUUACGGGCCUGUGGAUCCAAAACUUGAAUCACAAGAGCAGAAUAGCUCAGGCACAGAUGGCGUUGUACCUGUACAAAGCAAGAGCGUUCAAACUCCAUUGGUGAACGAUCACUGUUUUGAGCUUGACUUCUCUGGAUCCAAAGCUUUUGCUUACGGCUACAAAGCGCAAUGCCUGAGCCACAGUGUGUCUUCCUCAUCUCUGGACGUCGGAGUUGUUCCAGAUGGCGGGAACAUGGUGGAUAUAUCAAAUCCGUACAGUAGAUCGGUAAGCAAUGGAAUUGAGUCGGCAAAUCAGACGGUUCAGCUAUCAGCAGUGGACAGAGAAGCGAGGGUGUUGAGGUACAGAGAAAAGAGAAAGAACAGAAAGUUCGAGAAGACAAUUAGAUACGCAUCGAGGAAAGCUUAUGCAGAAACAAGGCCGCGGAUCAAAGGAAGAUUUGCAAAGCGAACCGACACUGAAGUUGAAGUGGAUCGCAGUAGUAUCUACGGAUUCGGCGUCGUUCCGUCGUUUUAAUCUAUGUUUUGUAGUAACAAAUAAAAAUCCCAGUGUCGGUGGUUGCUGUCAUCUGUUGUUGUGUUAAAUUAAUUAAUGUAGUGUAUAUAUGUAGCUGGUGAAGCUUUUGAUCAGAAGCUAAUUUUCUAUGUAUUAAUGAAUUUUGUUUUCGUUUGGUGCUUAAGUUAUUAUUAUAAUAUCAAAUCAAAAACUGAAUCAUUAGUGUUU